GAGUAGUACUUAUUCUGGACCUCGGGUUACCAAUUUUUAUUCGGUUUAGUUCAAAAUUUCUAAGAAAAUCUGUUUGCAGUGAGCAAUUUACAUGCGCGCACGAGCGGUACGCGCGAUACAUCGGGAAAUUUAUUAUCUGUUAUGAAUAAUUCGCAUCGUGGUGUCCUGAUGUGAUAGAUAUGGCGCUUGCUGGUAAAACAGUACUGACGAAGAAACUCGCGAAUGUAAUCCGACAGAAAGCGAAUAUCCUAGCGAGUUGUGAUCAAUCACGAAACUGGAAUACUAUUCCGAGCACAUCACGCCAUAUAUCUUGUUUUUCUGGCCCGCUUUAUGACUGGCAUUCCGGUUCGGAAAACCGAAAACAUUAUUGUAGCUCCGGACGACAUCAGUUUUCUCCUUGGAUAUCAGGUGCUCAAAUUGCCAGCUUGAAAACAUGGUCAACAUCCUUGGCGCAAGAAUCAGAUACGAAAAAACUUGCGGACCAAAUUUUAAAUAAGACCGUGCAGUCGCAGACAAAUGAUUCUGCUAGCAAGGAUCUGCCGAAUCCGUCGCAGUCAUCCUCAGCGGAAGAGGAAGAAAAGCGGCGUAAAGAUGCCUUCGCUCGGCGAGCGAUGAAGUGGUCUCUGAUAGCCAUGGGAUGCACAUUUGUCGGAGCAGCCGGUUUUGCCAUUUUAGAGUGGGGGCAACCACAAAAAGAUGAGGACGGGAAUUUGGUUAUUGAUGAAUUCAGUACCAUGCCAGUGUGGAAACAAUAUCUUUUGCGAUCAUGGAAGGAGAUGGUGUUUUUUGAAAAGAUGAUUAAAGAACCAUCAAGAGAGAAACUAUUGCCAGACCCUUUCAAAGAACCAUAUCACCAGCCUCCGUAUACGCUAGUUCUGGAAAUGACAGGAGUUCUUGUGCAUCCUGAUUGGACGUACGCAACCGGAUGGAGAUUUAAGAAGCGACCCGGUGUGGAAUAUUUCCUGGAGCAACUUGCCGGCCCUUAUUUUGAAAUUGUUGUGUACACCAGUGAACAAGCUUUCACAGCUUAUCCUAUCUUGUUCAGCCUUGAUCCGAAUGGAUGUAUUUUGUAUAAAUUAUUCCGUGAUUCGACACGCUAUAUCAACGGGAAGCAUAUUAAAGAUUUGUCCUAUCUAAAUCGAGAUCUAUCCAAAGUGAUCGUUGUGGACUGUGAUCCCGCUGUUGUUACUCCACAUACUCGCAAUGCUGUCUUACUUCCAAAGUGGACUGGCAACGAUGAUGACCGCACACUCUUGGAGCUGGCAACAUUCUUAAAAACGAUUGCUGCCAGUGAGGUUGAUGAUGUCAGAGAAGUUCUUGACAAUUAUCGAGAUGAGGACGAUAUUCUCUCGGCUUUCCGAACGCGACAGAAAAUACUGAUGGAGGAGCAGAGCAAGGCGGCGGCCGCUUUAUCUCACGCACAGGAAGAAAAGGAUAAACGUGGAAUGUUGAGUAACUUUGCGCCAUCAUUGUUUAGGAGAAAGUGAUGCCAUCUAAGGCAUCUUUUUGUGUUUUUUAUUGAAUUACGCCGCCUUUUUUUGUUGUCUGUUCAGAUGUGGUGAAUUUCGUUUCUAUGACUGCUAACUGGGAAAAUAAGGUGGUUUUCGGGGAAUGUCGUUUCUGAUGUAUUUUCAUGGAACCUGAAAAAAACGUGAAUGUUGUAUACAAGUAUACGUAUGCCGGUAUGCGUACGUUAGUAAUAAUAUUGCGCAUGUUA